AGUGGAGGUUCAUAAAGCAAAGGGGGUUGUUUUCUUCUGGCGAAACAACUGAUAGACAUGCCUCGGUCAAGUCGAUGGACACGUCGAAAGGUUUUACUCUUCUGCUUCAUUUUUACAUUCAUCCUCCUUUUAGUAUAUUUAGCAAAAGAGGCUCGGAUAGAUAUCACUUUUCAACAUCUGCUCGGCCCAAACUGUAAGAAUGACGGCAGCCAAAACACCAGUGGACCACCGUAUACGGAAACCCCAAUAACGUUAUUUGUAAGAAUGUCUGGCAGUCUGCCCGAUCACCGGUUUCGUUAUUACUGUCAUUUGUUCAGGACUUUAGUGCUUUAUUGGCCUCCGUCAUUUGGAAAGAUAGCUCUAGUUCUUGAUGAAGAAGGAAAAGAGGAUCACGAAUUUGCUGCAAAGGUGACACAUGAAACAAAGUGUUACUUUCCUGAUUACAAGAUAGCAAUAGCCUUUGAGGCUCCUCCCAAAAAGAACAGCACAUUGACAGGUAAAGUUCAUCGCAAGGGUUACAUCAGGCAACUUUGGAGCAGUUUCUUCAUUGAUCAGUAUACAAACGAUUCCAUAAUUGCUUGGAUGGACACUGACACUGCCUUUCUCACCCCAGUAACCAAUUCUACAGUUUUUGCCGGCACGAAGUUACGGGCUAUGGCCUCAGAUAACACGUACGGCAGGUUUUGGGUUAAGCACUGGAUAAUAACAAAUGAAAUUGCUCUAGGAUUGCCCUUCGUUGCUGAUUUUAUGAUUUAUUUCCCGGUAUACAUUUACCGGGAUACCUUUACGCGCUGCAGAGACUACAUACUGAAGAGAUUCAACUCCACUGAUCUUGAAGAGGUUUUUCCUAAGUUCUACGAAACGAGGGGAGGAGACUGGCUGGAGGUGUCCCCUGUAAACAUUGUACUCAGUUAUGCUUGGUAUUUUGAAAAAGAUCGCUACGACUGGAGUUUUGAGAUCACCAGUAACCUAACAGAAUAUAAUAAAAAGUUUCCAAAAGGCCAUGCUAUUGGACCUGAACAUACAAAAACUAUUCUGUCGGAACCUCAAACAGCCUUUCAUACAUAUAAAAUAAACGGAAAUUGGAUAUGGUCAAAGAUUCUUGUAAGUUACUGCUUGUCACACCGAGCAGCGGGGAAUAAGGUAGAUAUCUGCACCCAUCAUACCGCGUCGUUGAAGGAUAAUUUGCCUCUUUUCAACUACGAUCUUCAGUUUAUUACCGAUCCUAAUAAAAGCCCUUGUAAUACCGGCAACAAUAACGUAAUCUGUUUGCGAAUUCUAGAGCGUCAUUAUAAGCAAGUUGGUGUUGAGAUAAAUGAAGGGCGUGAGUUGGAAUGGAGCAAUAUGAAGAUUGUUGAAGAGCUUGCCAAGAACUCUGGUAUUAAAUGUAACACAAUAUAGAAUUAGCCGUAGUCAAACAAGUGAUGUUCGCAGAAGCAGAAUAAGUGACUGUCUUUCACAUGGUUGACUUAUCAUUUGUUGAUUAUAGAAAUUCUUAAAUUCAAGACCUAAUUGGUGGUUGAUUCAAGGACGUUUUUUAGGGGUCUGGAACUUUAAUUUUCAGAACUGCUUCUAAGGAUAAAACAUGAUUAAAAACCAUAAAUAUACUAGCAGCCUCUAACUCAAAGAGAUAAAUUCUUAAAAGUUUAAGAGUGGCCCUUUGCAAUAUAACGAACCAGUACAGUCUCUAUAUAGUUUAGUUUCAGACCAAGGACGACACCCUUUUCUGUACUAGACUAUCUGGUUUUGCACAAUUUUCUACAAUUUCUACUUUUGUGAUUUGGAGAAUAAAAUGAGGUUCAAAGAUGACAAAACAAUUAUCCAAUUAGCAGUAAGCAAACCAGUUGGCUAUUUAUAAACCCUCUGUUUUGUGGUCGCCGCUUUUUAACAUCGUCGUUCUGUGGGGCACCUGUCGCAGUUUCUAAUAACUUAACACGUGAUAUGGAGUGAUUCUGUGGGUGUUCUGUGCAGCUCCAAUUACUAAAACUAAAAAUUCAUAAUGACACAGUAACUGUUGUAUAUAGUUACAGAGGGCCCACACUACCUCCCCUUUACAUAAAGUAACUACACC